CAAGUCAAGAGAAAAACCCGAAACCUCCUUUUAUUUAUCUCCUCUGUUACUGCUUUUACCCAUUUUCAGUACUACUAAUAAUAAAACCAAGUUUUCUCUUUAAUUUCUACAGCAAAGAAACCACCUUUUACUGUCUUUUCUUAUUCCUUUUCGUACAGAGCAACGGUAGAAAUCCCACUAAUCCGGUUUCAAAUUUCAAAACUUAAAAAGAAUAUUCAAAUCCUUUACGAGAGCCAAAAGCUGAGAGAGAAGAAUAGAUGCUUUGAUUUUUAUGUCAUGGCUGGAACAUGGUUGGUGGAUGGUAACAGAAUUGCGUCCAAAAUCAGGAGUGCAUCUGAUCCUGGAAGGGUGACAUGGAACAGCAACCCAACCAGAUCUUGUCCUAAUUGCCAUCAUGUUAUUGACAACAGUGAUGUCAAUCAAGCAUGGCCAGGGUUACCUCGAGGUGUCAAAUUUGAUCCAUCUGAUCAAGAGAUCAUAUGGCAUUUGCUUACAAAAGUUGGUGUGAAAGAUUCAAAACCCCAUCCAUUCAUUAACGAAUUCAUCCCAACCAUUGAAAAUGAUGAUGGUAUCUGUUAUACACAUCCCCAAAAAUUACCAGGGGUUAAGGAAGAUGGAAGUGUAUCCCACUUCUUUCAUCGAGCUAUCAAAGCUUACAAUACUGGGACUCGGAAACGUCGAAAGAUCCAUGGUGAUGAUUUUGGUGAUGUCCGCUGGCACAAGACUGGUAGGACCAAACCAGUCUUUUUGGAUGGUGUUCAGGAAGGAUGCAAGAAGAUUAUGGUUCUCUAUAUGACCACUGUCAAAGGUGGAAAAUCUGAGAAAACAAAUUGGGUGAUGCACCAAUAUCAUCUAGGAACUGAGGAGGAUGAAAAAGAUGGGGAGUAUGUUAUUUCUAAAAUAUUUCAUCAGCAGCAACAACCCAAACAGGGUGAUAAAACUGAGCAAGAUUUACCUGAAACAACUGAUACAAUGAUUGUUAAAGUAGAUCCUGUGACUCCAAAGUCUGUGACACCUGACCCACCACGAACAGGGAGGCAAUGCGAUGAAUAUGACCAAGGACAGGAGUAUACCAUUCCUUGCAUCAAUCCCUCUGCUCAGGUAUUUUCAGCAAAGCACCCUACAACGCAGUAUGUUGAAGAUGAAGCUCAAGCUGAAUGCGAAAAUUCCAGUCUAAAUGAUCUACCUGCUCCAGAAAAUUAUCUUAAUGAGAUGUUAGAUAAUGAUGAUAAUAAUGAUAAUCAUGCUGAGGAAGAUUCAAAGUGGUGGGAUGGUGAGUCGCAGUUUUUGUUGGAUUCACAACAGCUUGUGGAAGGGCUGUCUCUUUGUGAUGAGUUUCUUCAGAGUCAGUCUCCAAGGAGGGAUGCUGAUGGUAAUGAAGGAAUACUAGAUGGCAAACCUCGUCUUUCUGAUUAUGCUCAGUUAGGAGCAGAGCAUCUUAAGAAGGAUCUGGAGGAGUGUCAAAACCUGGAAGAUGAUCCAACCAACAUAGAGCUGGAUACACCACCUGAGUUCCGCCUGAGUCAGCUUGACUUUGCAUCACAAGAUAGCUAUACUGCUUGGGGUGUGAGCAAGGUGAUUGACUAAAUACAUUUGUCAUGGAUCAUGAAGAAGUACGUGGUUAAAUAUUUUGUGAACACUGUACCAUAUGAAUCAUCAUUAUUUUGGGGCUAUGUCAACUGUAAAUUUUGGUGGGAAGCUUGAACCAUGUCUAAUGAUGGCAGAGAUACUAUUGACAUUUUGCCUGUGGGAGUUGCUGUUUUUGUGACUUCAAAUGUAACCCUUCUGUUCAGCAAUGGGUCGAACAUAUAGUUAAGAGCUUCGAACAUGGGAUACUAAUGCCCCUAUGAUCUCUAUUCUUAUCGUAGCAAUGAAGCUUUGUGUUAGUUUGGUGUAUAAAUCUAUGUUCACCAUUUGUUUGUACUGCGCAUCAUAUAAAUGGGGAUUCCUUUCCUUUUAUAGUUUCAUAA